AUGAACUUCGCCUAUUUCGCUUGGCCGCUGGGGCGCCGCUUUUGUCGGCCCCUGGGCCGCACCUUGGGGAUCACCUUGGCCACCGGCGCCAGCGCCAUGCUGGCGCCGAAGCGUGGCUUCGUGCGGGCGGAUGACACGGAACUGACGGAGGAAGAGAGGAGGACUGUGGAACUCUUCAAGCAAUGCAGUGGCUCAGUGGUGCACAUCAACACUUUCGCCAACCAGAAAGCCCUGAUCCGUGGCACCUGGGGCCUUUCUGUGGAUCUACAAGAGAUUCCUCAGGGUACAGGGAGUGGCUUUCUUUGGGACAAGGAGCAUAUUGUCACAAACUACCACGUCAUCAAGGACGCUGAUCGAGCCACAGUUACCUUUGCAGACCAUUCUGUGCGUGAAGCACUACUGGUAGGUGCUGAACCUGACUGCGACCUGGCGGUGCUCAAAUGCAACGAUCGACCCAAAGUCCCAGCACUGGAGCCCGGGACUUCCAGCAAGCUGCAGGUUGGUCAGAAGGUCUUUGCCAUUGGAAAUCCAUUUGGUUUAGAUCAAACUCUAACCAACGGUAUCAUCAGUGGCUUGGGUCGCGAGAUGCGCGGCGUCACCGGACGCAUGAUGCGCGGUCUGGUGCAGACAGAUGCAGCCAUCAACCCUGGCAACAGCGGUGGACCGUUACUUGAUGCCCGGGGACGAUUCAUAGGUGUGAACACUAUGAUUGCGAGCCCCUCUGGUGCCUUCGCUGGAGUUGGCUUUGCCAUUCCAUCGGAUACGGUGAACCGAAUCGUGACGCAAAUCAUCAAGUACGGCCACGCCAAGCAUGCUUGGAUGGGGAUCUACUUGAGCAUGGAUCAGUGGACAGAGAAACUUUCCAGAUCUCUGGAGCGACAGGGCAUGCCACGGAUCCAAGGGGCACUCGUGCUCAAUGUUGAGCCUGGCAGCCCUGCAGAGCUUGCAGGGCUGAGGCCUACCCUUCAAAGCCAACAGGGGAUCCUACUGGGCGAUGAGAUUCUGGCGGUGGAUGGGAAGGAGGUGAAAUCCUCUGAUGAUAUCGCGGCACUGGUGGAUGACAAAGGUAUUGGCGAGACGGUGGAGGUCACGUUUCUUCGCCGCCAGCGCCGUGUAGAGAAGCUGACCACCAAACUGACCCUGACGGAACGGCCGAAGCGGACGCACGUCGCAAGCACGGCGCGGAGCAACGACCCUGAGGGAGUUCCGGUCGCCAGGCCCAAACUCUAA